AUGAAUAUGUGGAAUAAUAUAAGAAGAAUAAUUCAAUUAUAUGACGAUGAGGAUGACAAUGAGAGUGUCUUAAUAUUUGCUGCUAUUUUAGAAGAGCAGAACUUCUAUCAAAAGAGCCAUUGUAGGGAUUUAAUUUUACAAGGGGAAGCGUAUGUUAUGGAGAUUCUAAACGGCCAUAAAGAAAGAUGUUAUGAAAAUUUUAGGAUGUACCCUGAAAUUUUCAGAACAUUGUGUAGUACCCUGAAAGUAUGUCAGUUGGGCACCCAUAUCAUUGCCCCUCCUGAUUUUUCUGUGAUUCCGAAUAAGAUUAAAGAUUCUUCUAGGUUUAACCCUUACUUCAAGCAUUACGUGGGAGCUAUAGAUGGAACCCACAUUCCUGCAACUCUGCCAGUAGCUACACAACUUCCAUUUCGUGGUAGAAAGGGUUAUACCACACAAAAUGUAAUGGCUGUAUGUGACUUUGACAUGAGAUUCACAUAUGUGCUAGCUGGGUGGGAAGGCUCCGCUAAUGAUUCGAGAAUUUUAAAAGAGUAUAUUGAGAAUGAGGAAUACCGUAGGAGUAAACCACCCCGUGGUCGGGAGGAAGUGUUCAAUCAUAGGCAUUCAUUUUUUAGAAAUAUAAUUGAGCAAUGCUUUGGGUUGUUGAAGAUGAGAUUCGUUAUUUUGAAGGCAAUGCCUCCUUAUAAGUUUUCAACACAAGUAUUGAUUGUAAUGGCUUGUUGCACAUUACACAACUUCAUUAGAAAUCAAUAUCAGCCUGAUGAUUUAUUUGAUGGUGAUGAUCCUCCUCAAAGAGAUGGUGAAGACGAUGAGAUUGUUGAGCAUGUGCUUCCGGCUCAGCUUCGAGAAAUGGAUCAGUUGCGUAAUACUAUUGCUGAUUGA